ACUGAGUCGUUUAUACACGUUGGUUCGUAAUUAGUUUCCUAUAUCUAUAUUUAACAGAUUAAGUGCAACUAAACAAACCAUUUCUUACAAGCUACUAAUUCAGCGUUUUCCUGUAUCAACUGCAAUCCAUUAUGAUAUUAAUAUAUAUACAGACAAAUAAAGUGAAUUAAACAGAAAAUCAUAACUCAUCAAUCCUAUGUCCACUCACCAAUUCAUCAUUCGUUAUUUGCUUUAAUUUAUUUAUGUUCAUCUGUUGAUACUCUCACCUGGCAAUUCUUCUCCUUCAUCAGCUUCCUACCCGUGGACGCGCAAGAACUAGGAAUUCUCCCUCUUCUUCUUCCUCCUCCUCCUCCUCAUCAUCGCCAUCUUGUUCUUCUCCUUGUACUUUGAACAUGGGUUCUGGAUGUUCCAAACAAAUUAAGCGGAGAAAGGAAAUCCGAACGGAGAAGAAAGUUCUGGCUGAUCUCAAAGUCUCCGGCGAAGACUACCCUGGCGCUGAAUUUCGACCCCAAGAUAGGAAAAACUGGAUGUCUGAGCUUGGCCCAGAGAAAGUUCAUAUCAACAAGAUUGUUUGGCCAGGAACGCACGAUUCUGCGACUAACAAAAUCGGAAUCCCUCUCAUCACUCGUCCCUUCGCUCAAUGCCAAUCCUUGUCAAUCUACCAACAGCUCGUCACGGGGACCCGGGUCCUCGACGUCAGGAUCGAGAAGAACCGACGAGUCUGCCACGGAAUACUCACCACUUACAGCGUCGACGUCGUGAUCAAGGACAUCAAGAAGUUCCUAUCGGAAACCCAAUCGGAGAUCAUAAUCCUGGAGAUCCGAACGGAGUUCGGGCACGAAGACCCGCCCGAUUUCGGCAAGUACUUAGUUGAACAGCUGGGGGAGUUCCUGAUCCACCAGGACGACCACGUGUUUGAGAAGACUAUAGCGGAAGUGUUGCCGAAGAGGAUCAUAUGUGUUUGGAAGCCGAGAAAAUCGGCUCGUCCGGGAGCAGGGAGUCCGCUAUGGAGCGCAGGGUAUUUGAGGGAUAACUGGAUCGAGACUGAUCUGCCAUCGACGAAAUUCGAGAGCAAUCUGAAGCACCUGGGGGAGCAGCCGGCGGCAACGUCGAGGAAGUACUUUUACAGGGUGGAGAAUACGGUGACGCCGGUGGCGGAUAACCCAGUUGUGUGCGUGAAACCAGUGACGGGAAGGAUCCAUGCCUAUAACAGAUUGUUUAUAUCGCAGUGCUAUUCCAAGGGGAUUGGAGACAGGUUGCAGGUAUUUUCUACGGACUUUAUAGAUGAAGAUUUUGUGGAUGCUUGUGUAGGGCUCACCCAUGCAAGGGUUGAAGGCAAAGCCUGAAUCUGCCAUAAAAGAUCCGUUCUUGAUUGGGUCUGGGAUUCCAAUUCCACCUUCCACGUCGCCAUUGUUCUGCAUCGCUCUGUAAUGGCUUUUGUUUGUCAUGUACAUGUCUCCCGUCAUUUGGGUUCUUUGUCAAUUGUAAUGUGAUGCCUAAAGUGAACACGUUACGCUCACUUGUGGCAUGUAAAUUUAUUGAAGUCCGCAACGGGGUCCAGUUCCAGUAAAAAAUGUGUCAUGUAUGUUGUGAACCAUUUUUUAUUUAUUCAAGUUGAUUUCGAAACUUA